AUGUCAUGCCUGAUUAGUGUAUAUAUGCUUAUCACAAGCCAUUAUGGCUUUUAUCAGAUGCAGAAUAAUGUACACUCAGUAUUGCUGGCUAAUCUGGAUGACUGACACUGGAUAAUCCACACCAUGACUUGCCUUUGUGAUGUGAAUAGUGCCAAAGGGUGUGGCAGUAGCCCUCUCUCAACAGGGGUGAAUAAAAUGCCAAAGUUUUAAUAUCUAAUUGAAUGUGGUGAGAAGUUUUGUAUGAAUUUUGGUACUUAAAAUGACACGAACUUUAUAAGUGGACCUUACGAAAAAAAAAUAUAGUUCAACAAUAUAGUUUAUAAUGGGUCCUUUAACAUAUGAAUGAGUAGACUGCCCCUUUAAGAGAAGGAGGGACUGCUGCUGUUCCCAGGAACUAGGAAGUUUACUAUACAGUGCAGCUGGACAUCAGCAGCAGCACAGCAGAGCUGAGUGGGUUAGAGUUAGUGCUGGAGACCUUAACACAUUCACUCUUCACACAGACCUGUAGAUCCUUUUUCUUUUCAGUGCUUUCUUAUUUCCUCUGUUUAUUCAAGGAAGGACUAGUCAUGACUUCAAGAGAUCUCAAUCCUGAUUACUAUGAAGCCCGGCGGGCGGGCAAUGCAGUCCAGCACUACAUCAACACCCUCUACGGGUCCCCCUUCAGGCUGUACUCGGUGACCCAAGUCCACAAGGCGAGAACCGAGGCUAUGGCUGACACAGGGAUGAAGUACUUUCUGGAGUUCUCUGUGAAGGACUGGGUUGGCGAAAGCUCAGAAUGGCGUGGAUCGGUGGAGGUGCUCUACCCCAGGGGUGAGACACAGGCUCCCCCUCAGGUCCAGGGUUCCUGGGGUGAGUUACCUCAGCUCAAUAUUUCAGCUAAGGAGCAGGCGUUCUACCAGCGCUACAGUGCAGUAGACAGUGCUGUGUCUGCAAAGGACAUACCAGAUAGUUAUGGUAACGUAGACCCAGAGAUGAAACCUUUCUGGCACUUGGCGCGGGUGGCAGCUAGCUUCAUCAUGCUGAACGAGUCCAAUGAGAACACACUGUAUAACAUGGCUCAAGUGGCCAAGAUCACACAGCUGGAGACUCAAGAUGACCAGCUGAGGUUUGAGUAUGAGGUUCUCCUUCACGACAUGGUUUCUCAGGAAAUUAUUCGCUGGAAGCUGUUGGUCUCCUGGUCUCCAGCAGGGGGCGUGAAAGUGUUAGAGACUGAACUGCUGCCACGAUGCCACUGCAAACCCCCAACUCAGUGAUGCCAGCUUUUUCAGUCCCAAGAUCAAAUCCAC